UUUUUUUCUCUAUUUAUUAUAUUAUUUUAUUAAAAGAUGAGUGGCAUUACUGCUGAAGAAAGAGCAAAAUAUGGUGAAAUCUUCCAAGCUCGAGGUCAAGUGAACGGUUAUAUGUCUGGUUCUAUUGCUCGAGAUGUUUUACUCAGUUCCAACUUACCACCUAAUCGACUUGAACGUAUCUGGGAUCUAUCUGAUAUUGACAAAGAUGGCAAUUUGGAUUUUGAAGAGUUUUGUAUUGCGAUGCAUUUGACUUUUGAUUGUAUUAAUGGUAUGGAUACACCUAUGAGUCUUCCUCCUCAGUUGAUUCCUCCAUCCAAGUCUCAUUUAUUAUCCUAUCAACAACAACAACAACCUCUAUAUGCUCAACAAACAGGCUAUGUACAACAACCUCAACCUACUGGAUAUGGAUACCAACAACAACCUCAAUAUACUGGCUAUACACCUUCUCCUCCUCCUCCUACUGUUGAAUUCAGUUGGGAUAUGACUCCUCAAGAUAUGACCACCUAUCAAAAUAUUUAUUCAAAAUAUGCAAAUGAUACCGGCAAAGUGAAAUUUGGACAAAUGGAGGAUUUUUAUAGUACACUUGGAUUAUCUCGAACUGAUUUGACGAACGCCUGGACAUUAGUGGAUGUAAACCAUACACAUGCAUUAACACAAGAUCAAUGCUUGUUAUUCUAUCAUAUUCUCAAUCAACGAACCAAAGGAGCAACCAUUCCAAAGUCUCUACCACCUGAUCUCCAUACAGCAUUUGCGGGUGAAUAUACAGCACAUUUGGGUGAACGACAAGAUGACAAAAAAAAAGAGAACAAGAGUGCGAAAUUGGCAGAUAGUUAUGUGAAUCGACUUGGUGUGGCCAGUACCUCUCUCAGCGCCAAGGGUUCAUCGUUAAAACAACACGAAUAUGAUGAAGAAGAUAUGUUGAAAAGGGAAUUGGCGGAACUCAAGGAACAAGUCAAACAAGCCGAAGAAAAGAAAUAUAAGCAAGAAGAAAAUGAAGAAGAUCGAUCUUAUGAAUCCUUUGCAUCAAGACCUCUACGGGAUCAAUUUCAAGCAUUGUAUGAUUACAAAUUACGUCAAUUAACUGACCAAGCUGAUGUUGAAGAUAAGGUGCGAAAACAAGAAAGGGAUAUCGAGGCGGCUCGUGACGCUGUACGUCGUCUCAACCGGAUUGUGGAUGAUGUACGUGACAAGAAACGAGAAUUGGAAUCUUUAUUGGAAGAACGACGUGCUGAAGUUCAGAAAACUUUACGUGCCAUGAAUGCUUAGUUUAGAUCUUCUCAUCCAUUGAUGAUGAUUAUUAUUAUUUAUACUUUUCUGCAUUGUUAGUAUGAAUGACUGUUUCCCUUUUUAGUCUAGUCUUUUUUUUUGUUAUCCAUCAAAUAAAAGAUUCUUUCAUUGUCACAUCA